UGGAAAGUUAUAGACAUGCGUGUCACAACAUGAGAUUUCAACAAAAAAUGUGUUGCCAUUAAAAAAGGAUUGAUUUAAUGGCUAUUCUGUGUCAUUUGGGUUGCAGUCACCAUGGAAACAAACAAACAAAAGAAAAAUCUCAGUGACCUGGAGGCAAAAAAUGAGCAACUGACUUUGGAGAAGAGAGAUUUACAAAACCAGACUGAAGAUCUGAGGGUAAACAUGACUAAACUAAAGAACCAAACUGAAGAUCUGAGGGUAAACAUGACAAAACUAAAGAACCAAACUGAAGAUCUGAAGAUGAAUAUGACAAAACUAGAGAAUCAGACACAGCAGCUGACUGCAGAGAAGAUGGUCUUAAAGAACCAAACCAAGGAGAUGAUGGUUAACAUGACAAUCCUACAAAACCAGAACGAGCAGCUGAGAAACAACAGUGACAAACUCAACAAGACCCAGGCAGCAAUCAUCAGUUACCCCAACUUUCCAGCUGAUCUCUUCUGCCCUAAUGGAGUUUGUCAGACGUGUCCCAAAGACUGGAUUCAGUUUCAGGAAAGCUGCUAUUUUUUUUAUAACUUAAACUCUCCGUGGAAAACAUGGAACGAAAGCCGACAGUUUUGUCAAAGCAACAAAUCAGACCUGGUGGUUAUCAGCAGUCCUGAGGAACAGACAUUCAUCAAAAACACAACACAAUACUACUUUGACACCUGGCACGGAUACUGGAUCGGUUUACAAAAAGUGAACAACAACUGGAUCUGGGUGGAUGGCAGUCCAGACACACUUAGGUACUGGAACAACCCAGGAAGCUCAGAAAAUUUUACACUUAUAGUCCAAAAUGCAACUUUGACCCAGAGCUGGAUCCAAAACAGAAACGGCUUUGAGAACAGAUUCAUCUGUGAGAUUAAAGCUUUAAUUUUCUGAUCAGUUAAACUGAACUUUCCUGCUACAUUCUCAUCAAACUUACAUUGUUCGACUUUCAUGAGUUUUUGUUAAGAAACAGAACUUUUGAUUAUAAAAUGUUCUUUUUUUGAGUGUUUAGUUUUGCUCCACACCAGAGUAAACUUUAUUAUUUUCAUUUUAAAUAAUUUUUAGAUUAUAUUCAUGUUUAUCGGUGAGAGCAAGCUUGAAAUCUUAGAACAUUUUCUUUCAAAUGUACGCAGCUCUGGGUUAUUGCAUGAUCCAACUUUCUCCUAAAAACAAAUCCUGAACAGCCACACUGCACCGAAGCACAGGAGAGGCUUGUUAGUUGUCAAACUUUAUUUUGGUCAGAAGUCACAAAGUUACAUAGUUCUGCUAACCACUAACUCAAUAAUCUGCUCCGUUCAUGGCUCAUGGUAGGGUGGUCGACCUCUGAUCGGAGGAUUGCAGGUUUGAUUCCCGCCUUGCCAGCUCAUGUAUGGAAGUGUCCUUGGGCAACACACUGAAUCCCAGAUUGCCUCUGCUGGUAAUAAGUUGGCGCCAGCAUUGGGCAGUGGAGUCACCUUUUACAACGGCUUUGUUGCAGUUUUGUUUUUACUCUUCACCAAUUGUGGAGUUGGAUUUGAUUUCUAACAUCACCUUAACAAUUUGACUGGAGUUAGGUUUAAGUAACUUUUGGCGUUUUUCCAUGAAAUGUUUUUUUUUCUCUUUACUUUGGUUUUUACUUUCAUUUUAAUUACCUUUGAGUCUGGUCUGAAAGCGGCGAUGCUCUUUGUAGUAAGAUGGCCUGAAGCUCUGCAGACGUCUUCCGGUGUCAAACUACUACACCUCUUUUUUAGUGCAUCUCAUCACAAGAAGGGAAUUGAAAGCAAUGGUGGGGAUUCUGACUUUUGUUUUUUCAACUUUCCCACUUCAUACUUGUCUUUUUUUGCACUUGUUUUUCUUUGUAUCUCACAUCAACUGAUUUUUCAGAAAAUAUCAAUUAAAUUUACUACUAAGAGAUAAUGAACCAGUCUGCCAAACAUGGCCUGUCAUGGCCAACUAAUAAGCCAAAAAAGUAAAAAAUAAGUUUUCAGCUACAGUAAAGAAAAUCUGAACUACUGCACAGAUGGAUGAGUAUAUUGUGCAUCUAAAAAUAAACCGUUUGGCGGAGAACAUAGAACAUUAUAAACCCA